UCUUUCACUCCGCGUCCCCCACCUUUAGAGGUCUGCCAUCCCCCAAUCCUCCCAAGGCCGUGAACCACAAACCGACGAGCACAGCGGGCGCGAGGGCGGCCGGCGCCGGGCGGAGCACACGCCUCUUUCACACCAUCAUCGCCAGCGCCGGAUCCAUCCACGAUGGGCGGCGGCAACGGGCAGAAGUCCAGGAUGGCCCGCGAGCGCAACAUGGAGAAGGCCAAGGGCGCCAAGGGGAGCCAGCUUGAGACCAACAAGAAGGCCAUGAACAUCCAGGCUACAGCUGACGAAAAUUUCCGUCCUGAUUGCUACUGGUGGAGAAGGCACCGAUCUGAUGGUGAUUGUGCUUUCAAUUCUCUUCGCCUGCGCAAAAUCCAAGGUGAUUUUCAGGGGGACUUUUUGGGCAAGACAAUGGUCUUUGCUACUUAAGGAAGAAGAUGGCCAAAAAGUGAGAGAAGGUUGCUUGAUUCUAGAGAAGAGAGUUUCUGGCUUUUUCGCAAUGAAGGGAUGGAACUUAAGGAAAAGAUUGGGAGAUUAAUGCUCUCUGGUUUUCUUGUGUGGUAUGGUUGAAACUUUGUAUUAACUUUUUAAGAAUUUCUGUUGCUAGAGCCUAAGUACUCGGGUCUAGUUGCUUGUGAUGGUGUUAAACCUUGUGUAAGGGUGUGAGUUUAUGUACUCUUGUAAGUUUCGUUGGGGCUGUGUACAUCCUUUUUUGGGUGUAGAGGCCGGUUUAAUCCAUUAUCUAAAAAAAUGUAAAGGAUGCACUAUAUGGCACUCUGAAGUAAGGUUUCCUGAGUAUGGUCUUUUGGUGAACAAAAGAUGGGAGAUGGAUUUUUAUC